UGCCCAGCACGGCAAGGCGCCCGUACGGGAAAACGAAACCGCAGGAGGCGAGACGCGGGCGAGGCUCCCAUUGGCCGGCGCGACGCGCACGUCACUCAGGUCGACCGCCAAUCCGCCACUGGGCUGGCCCUCUCCGCGGGCCCGCGCUCGCCCCGGUGUCAAUGAGGCCGGAGCGGCGGUGAUCCACAUCGCGGCUUCGGUGGUCCCCUUCCACUCGCCCUGCCGCACGAAGCGAGGAGCUCGCCUGCCAGCGACCGCCCGCAAGAACCGCCUCAGUGCCGCACGCCAAGUCCACUUUUUUCCGAAGAGAGGCGCAUCCGCCCGUACUGCUUCCGGACUACUUUCUUCUUUUUGACCCGUUUCUCUUCUCCUCCAUCGGGCUCCCAAGACUCGCACCCCGGGAGAAGUACGCUUCUUCCUUCCCGCUCCUCGGCCGCAGCGAUUCGGACCUCUUGCCUCUCCGUCCGACGCGCCUGCGCACACCGUAUCCGCAAAACUCGGAACGCGCGCUCCGCGCGCGCGCCCCAAACUUUUCUGCUGCCACCUCCCCUCCCACCGUGCUUUCCAUCCCCUCCUCUAAGUGUUCGCGCUACCGAAAAAAAUCUGUGCGUGCGUGUGUGGGACGCUCCGGCCACCCGCGGCUCUCUUCCUCACCACUCCAGUUUUUCCUCCCUUCUUAUCCCCGCAAACCCCGGUCGCCGCUGCCCAGCCAUGCAUUUGCCGUGCACCGUCAGCACCCACCUACCGGGCCACCACCACCACCACCAACAGCAGCGGGAGACUGUGAUACCGGCCCCAAUCCCGUCCACGUGUGGCUUUCGAGACAGCGGCGGUGGCGUGAUGACGACGACGUCGUCUUCGGCGGCUUCAACGACGACGGACCUGGCCUCGAUGCUCCCGGGAGAGCGGGCCUUGACGCAGGUGCUGGCCGAGCACCCGGGAGAACUGAUGCGCACCGGCAGCCCCAACGUGGUGUGCUCGGUGCUGCCCAGCCACUGGCGCUCCAACAAGACGCUGCCUAUGUCGUUCCGCGUGCUGGCGCUCAGUAGCGACGUCUGCGACGGCACGCUGGUGACGCUCAGGGCGGGCAACGACGAGAACUACUGCGGGGAGCUGCGCAACGCCUCCGCCGUCAUGAAGAACCAGGUGGCCAAGUUCAACGACCUGCGAUUCGUCGGCAGAAGCGGACGAGGCAAGAGCUUCACCUUGACCAUCACUCUAAGCACCAAUCCUCCACAAGUGGCGACGUAUGCCAAGGCCAUCAAGGUCACCGUCGACGGACCCCGCGAGCCAAGACGCCAACAGCAGCAGUUCCGUGCAUUCGCCAGUGCGUUCGGCCAGCGGCCUCCGUUCCUGGACCCACUGCGCGAGUGGGAUCACCUGCGCCGAAAGACGGCAGAACAGUGGGCGCUGGACAUUCCCCGAGGAUACCCGGCGCCGGUUCGCACCACGAACUGGCGCAGGCAGCGCUGCAGCAAUUGAGCGCCGCCGACGCCCACUGGGGCGCGGCUUACCCUCACUACAACCCGUACCUGGCUCCAGCCACGGGCACAGGCGGCUUCAGCACGGCGCCCGUGCCGGUCAGCUACUCGCUGGACGCCAGCGCCGCGGUGGCCACUUCGCUCGCG